GUUCAAAAACAUCUGGACAAUUCUCUCUCUCUCUCUCUCUCUCUCUCUCUCUCUCUCUCUAACACACACACAGACACACAUUUGGUCCUGGAGAAUGCAAAUGGAGACUUCCUUUGCUAAUUUUCACACCCGGAAAAUUCAAAUGGAGAAUGCACUCGAAACCCCUCCUAAAGCACCAACUCGCUCCGAGAACAACGAUUUUGACUCCAAAACACCAACUCAAAAUCAUCGAACCGAUCAAAAGCUGCAAAACUCCGGCAACAAUUCUCCUAUCAUAACCGGCUCUGCUCCUUACCGCCUCAACGUCCCCAAGCCAUUCAAAUACCCCGAAAGGUACACUAGCCCAACUGAUCAAAUGAUGUCGCCUAUUUCGAAAGGCCUCCUUGCUAGAAGCAGGAAAAAACCAGGGAUGCUCUUGCCUCCUUCUAAAAAUCAAACCAAGAUUCAGGAGUUGACUGUUCAGGAGGUGGGUCUUUCUCAGACUUGAAGCUUUUACAAAUGGUUCUUGAUUUGAUCAAUUUAAGAAGUUCUCAGGAGAUGUACAUGUGUUGCCGUGUAGCUUGUUUCUCCUUUUCAUGGAAGUUUAUUGUAUUCCAUGAGCAUCUUUUGUUUCACAAUUUACUGAUAAAAAAAGAAAAAGAAAAAAGAAAAUCGUUUGUUUCACAA